AUGGCCUCGCCAAGGACAGUAACCAUCGUCGCCCUUUCCUUUGCACUGGGUCUUUUUUUCGUCUUCAUGGGCACCAUUAAACUCACACCAAGAUUAAGCGAAGACGCAUACAAUGAAAUGAAAAGGGCAUACAAGAGUUAUGCCAAGGCACUUCCAGGCCUGAAGAAGAUGGGCAUAAGUUCUGUUCUUCUGAGAAAGAUUAUUGGUACUCUGGAGGUAACCUGUGGUGUGGUGCUAACCCUUGUACCUGGUAGACCGAAAGAUGUGGCCAACUUUCUGUUGCUCCUGGUCAUGCUAGCAGUACUGUUCUUCCACCAGCUGGUAGGAGAUCCACUGAAACGCUAUGCACAUGCUCUUGUCUUCGGCAUACUCCUGACCUGCCGACUGCUCAUUGCCCGACAGGGCGAUGACAGGCCAGAGAGGGAGGAGAGAGUGGAAGAACAGAUAAAUGCCCAAGAGAAGAACAAAGUAAAAGUUUCCUAG